AGGGCUCGCCGUUGCCUUCAAAAUCCGUUACAUAGCCGGCAUCCGAGUGCAAACGGUUCACUUCAGCUGCGGCAGGCGUGUCAGACGUAUCGUUCGUACGCAAGUCUCGCACAUCAAAAAUGAGGGAAAUUGUUCACAUCCAGGCUGGUCAGUGCGGUAACCAGAUUGGUGCUAAGUUCUGGGAAAUCAUCUCCGACGAGCAUGGUAUUGACCCCACCGGCGCCUACCACGGCGACUCAGACCUCCAGCUCGAAAGAAUAAAUGUGUACUACAAUGAAGCCUCCGGUGGCAAAUACGUGCCCCGUGCCAUCCUGGUCGAUUUGGAGCCCGGCACAAUGGACUCCGUCCGGUCAGGCCCCUUCGGACAGAUUUUCCGGCCCGACAACUUCGUCUUCGGACAGAGUGGAGCCGGAAACAACUGGGCCAAGGGUCACUACACAGAAGGCGCCGAGCUCGUAGACUCCGUGUUGGAUGUUGUCCGCAAGGAGGCCGAGAGCUGCGAUUGCCUUCAGGGCUUCCAGCUUACACAUUCCUUGGGCGGUGGCACCGGAUCCGGCAUGGGCACACUCCUUAUCUCGAAGAUCAGAGAAGAAUACCCCGACAGAAUAAUGAACACCUACUCAGUCGUCCCCUCCCCCAAAGUAUCAGACACCGUCGUUGAACCUUACAACGCAACUCUGUCGGUUCACCAGCUUGUAGAAAACACAGACGAGACCUAUUGCAUCGAUAACGAAGCUCUGUACGACAUCUGCUUCCGGACCUUGAAACUGACCACUCCCACCUACGGCGACCUGAACCAUCUCGUCUCUCUUACAAUGUCCGGAGUCACCACCUGCCUGAGGUUCCCUGGCCAGCUGAACGCAGAUCUGAGGAAAUUGGCUGUCAACAUGGUACCUUUCCCCCGUCUCCACUUUUUCAUGCCCGGUUUCGCCCCUCUGACCUCCCGCGGCAGCCAACAAUACCGUGCCCUCACCGUCCCCGAGCUCACCCAACAGAUGUUCGACGCCAAGAACAUGAUGGCCGCCUGCGACCCACGACACGGCAGAUACCUGACAGUCGCCGCUGUGUUCAGAGGACGUAUGUCUAUGAAGGAAGUUGACGAGCAGAUGCUUAACAUCCAGAACAAGAACAGCAGCUACUUCGUGGAAUGGAUCCCCAACAAUGUGAAGACUGCCGUGUGCGACAUCCCGCCCCGUGGUUUGAAGAUGUCGGCCACCUUCAUUGGAAACUCGACCGCCAUCCAGGAAUUGUUCAAGAGAAUCUCAGAGCAAUUCACCGCUAUGUUCAGACGAAAGGCUUUCCUUCACUGGUACACGGGCGAGGGCAUGGACGAGAUGGAGUUCACAGAGGCCGAGUCCAACAUGAACGAUCUGGUAUCAGAGUACCAACAGUACCAGGAAGCCACUGCCGACGAGGACGCCGAAUUCGACGAAGAACAGGAGGCCGAGGUUGAUGAAAAUUAAAUGUCAAAAAAAAAGAAACGAACUGAACUCUCUUCUUCCUUCUGUUUUAUCACCAUUGUUCAAAAUUCGAACAAUUGUGAGAAAACAGGAGAAACUGCACUUUUUUACUUCAUUUUCUGUCAUCCAUGACUAGGCUAGCCAAACAUUUUGCUUAUGUUGAAUUUUCUACUUUAUUUUUGUAGAUUUCUGUAAAAAAAACAUUCCCAUGUGGCAAAAUGUGCAGUGUAAAGACUGAUGUGAAAAACGUUUUGCAUGUAAAUUCUGGUAUGAAAUUUAUUUCUACUUGCUUGUUUGGAGUUUUGUGCCAUUUCAGAAUUUAUUAAAUUGGCUGGCAAAUUACUUUGCAUUUGACUGUUUAAUUGUUCCUAGUUUCCUUUCCUCUAUCCAGUCCUUAAAUAUUACAUUUGAUUUAUUUCCAGUGUUCAAAUUUUGAGAGUAAUAAAAUUAAGUUUUUUUGACUCCGUAUAUACAUUAACUUUUUGCUUUGGUAUUCACUUAAAAAUUUUAAAUCAAGGAAUUUUGCAGUCCCAUCAUAUUUGGAUGUAGGUG